CUACAACACUUUGGAGCUUCUUCAAACACGAAAGCUGCGUGUACUGCUGUGGAAUCAGAUUUCAACUUGUCGCCGUUCCUGGCUUUUCAGUCCAGCAAGCAAACACCUAUUUGUCAACUUCAAUCGUGUGCUGAUUGUCGCCAAACCGACGCGUGGAUACUAUACUGGUGCCGGCGGAGUGGACCGGUGACGGCGGGGGAAGCCUUGCAACCCCGGCAGCAGCAGCAGCAGCAGCAGCAGCAGCAGCAGCAGCAGCAGCAAGCGCCACGCCACGCCCACAGCGCUGCCGGCGCAUUUGGACGCUAGGAGUUACACGAGUAUUCUCGACCUCGUUGCUGGGUGGCGGUAGGAAGGCGGCAGGCGGGGCGCCGUGUGGAGGCAGGUGCCUUGUUAGGGGCGGAGUGGAGGCACCACGCACCGAGCCAACUAACAACAAUGGGGAAAUACGCCCAGAUUGUCAUCGGGCCCGCCGGCUGCGGCAAGUCCACCUACUGCCACACGCUGUACGAGCACUGCUUGGCCAUCAAGCGGUCCGUGCACUGCGUAAACCUGGAUCCCGCGGCCGAGGCGUUCCAGUACCCGGUGUCCUUUGACAUCCGUGACCUGGUGUCGCUGGAGGAUGUGGUGGAGGAGCUGGGGUUGGGGCCCAACGGUGGUUUGUUGUACUGCAUGGAGUAUCUGGAGGACAACCUGCAUGACUGGCUGGGCGAGCAGCUGGAGAGCUAUGGCGAUGACGACUACCUCGUGUUUGACUGCCCGGGGCAGAUCGAGCUCUACAACCACCUGAGCGUGUUUCGCAGCUUCGUAGACUUUCUCAAGAACGAUGGUUGGAACGUGUGUGUCGUGUAUUGCCUGGACGCGCACUUCAUCACCGACAUCGCCAAAUUCAUGGCCGGCGCGCUGCAGGCCCUGGCUGCCAUGGUGAAGCUGGAGCUGCCGCACGUCAACGUGCUGACCAAAGUGGACCUGCUGGAAGACAAGCGCCACCUGGACGACUUCCUCUUCCCCGACUCGGCGCUGCUGCUGCCGCAGCUGGCCGCCUCCACCGGCCCACGGUUCCGCGCGCUCAACAAGGCCAUGGGGCAGCUGCUGGAGGAGUUCAGCCUGGUGUCGUUCAUGCCGCUGGACAUCACAGACGAGGACAGCAUCGCCGACAUCUUGGGCCAGAUCGACAUCGCGAUCCAGUACGGCGAGGAUGCAGAGCCCCGGAUCCGGGAAGAUGAGUACGACCCCGAGCGUGAUGGUGAUGGAGAUGGCGGCGACGGCGGCGAUGACAUCUGAUAGCUCGGGGCGUGAGCGGUGUAAGUGCAUGGCACACGCUUGUUGCACAGGCAGGAGCGGAUGUCGUUGAGGCCGGUAGCGCUGCCGUGAUCGCUGAGAGGAUUGCGAGUGGCCCCAUGAGGGCCCAUGAGGCGCCCAUGAGGGGCCCAUGAGGGGCCUACUGGCAUCGAAACGGGGGAUUCGGGCUGCGGCCGUGAGGGCCGGACUCAAGGCCGUGCUGACGUGGAGCCUGCAAGCCAGGGCGGGCCACAGAUCGUUGGAGCUUUGGGAGCGGGGCCCGCGCACCGUAUGCGGUUUGGUGGAUGCAGUCCGGCGGGGAUCCACCGCUCCAAGUUCGGGUAAAGAUGUUGGGACGAAGCGGCAUUCACAAGGGACACGUCGGACAGGGCCGCCAGAGAGACGAGGUUUCGGGUGUGUUUCAGCGUGGCAAAGACAACGGUGGUGGUUUCCCUCCAACGAAACAUGGUUACAGGAUCGUAAAUGUGCGCUCCAAACCCGUAACGAGACUGACCGAGCUACAAGGGCGCCUCGUUGUGAGCUUCGUACACGUGCAAAGUAGAAUAACUGAAUCUCUGAUCCUCAGAAGCAUGUUACAUCUCCGUCCU